GCCAGAGCGGACCUGCAGAGUGAACGUCACCGCUGCCUGAGGCUAGGGUCGCUCUGUUCACAACAGCGUGCACUACUGAGGGAGGCAGGGUCUGUGUUGCAGCACUGUGGUGCUGAGCUGUGUGGAGUGAGAGAGCACAUCAGGCUGUUCUCCAAACACUGGGACACCAGCAGGGCCCAGAUACUGCACUACUGCUGCACCGCCUCUACAGAGCGUGAUGGGCUACAGCAGGAAGUGGGCAGGACAGAGGCGGCGCUUGAGAGGCUGCAGGGGGAGGUCAGAGAACUGGGGGCAGGCCUGGUUGCCUGGCGAUUGCAGGCACAGACGCUGGAGAGCCAGGUCCAGAAUCAAGAAGUCCUGCAGAAACAGAAACAGCAGGCCUGCCUCCAUGUGCAGGUGCUGAAGCAGGAAGUGGAGAGUCUGAGGGAAGAGCUGCAGAAGAGUCACAAAGAGAGACAGCAUACAGAAGACCUGCUGGAGGCCAAGCAGAAGGGGGCAGAGGAAGCUCGCGCCUGCCAGCAGCAGCAGAGCGAAGAGCAGAGCGCCACCAUCCUGAGGCUCUCCCUACACCUUAGGGAGAAGGAGGAGAGCUGGUUGUCAUGCCAACGCCGAUGUGAAUCCUUGCAGCAAGAGCUGUUGGCGUGGCAACAGAAGGGGGCGGAGAUGACCCAGGGACUGGAGAGGGCGAAGGGCGAGAGGGAGGAGCUACAAACUGCCCUGGAGAUUACUCGCACACAAACCACUACACUACUGCAGGAGAGGGAGGCGCUAAAGAAUGCUCAAAGAGACGAGUUACAGGAGCUGGAGAGCACCUUUAGGAAGAGGCUGGAGGUCGUCGAGGAACAGAGGUCAAAGUUGGAGUGUGUGGUACAGCAACAGGCUGAGAAUCAGAGUCUUUUGGAGGAGGCUAAGAAGCAGGCAGCUCUGGGGCUCCACCUCGAGAGACAGAGCAACCUGGAACUUAUUAACAAACAUCAGACUGAACACCAGCAGCUCCAGGAGAAGUUUUGCGCAGCUAUAUCUGCUUUGGAGCAGCAAGUGCAUGAGCGGGAGGAGGAGAGGAGAUCCGCGCAUGCGGAGCGUCAGCAUAAGGCGCUAGAGCUCCAGCAGUUCAGAGAGGAGAUCGCCUCCCUGCAGGAGGAGAACGCUCUGCUGCAGGAGACGGUAAGGCGGGAAUGUGAGGAGAGAAGUGAGCUCACUGCUACCCUCUCCGAGGCCAGAGACCAGCUGAUGAAGCUCCAGAGGUCAGCCACAGACCCACGCGGCCCACAGGGUCCUGCCCAGCCCUCCCUCCCAGUCUUGGCCCCCGGACACGGACACCCGCCCGGGCGAGACACGCCAGCUGGGCGCCGGAUACCAGCCUCAUGGCAGGGGGCUUCGCAACCAACACCCGCCCUACCCAGACUUGACAAGCAGAGGACCAGGUCUAUCAGCCAGGGGCGCCAACGCGUCGCCGUGACGAUGGGCAGGAAGGACAUGUGCUGAGGAGGAGAAUGCAUAACAGUAGAGUCUGUGACAGGUGUGUGUGUGUGUGUGUGUGUGUGUGUGACAGUAAGCUUGUCAGUAGUGAGGAUAUUUUGCUACUGAUCUGUUUUUUUGUUUUUGUUUUUUGGGGCUUUUUUUAAGUAUGGCUUCUGGUUAGGGUUAAGUUUAAGUUUAGGGUUAAGAUUAGAGUAUGUCCUCAUCAUAAUACAUACUGCAUGAGCUUGCAUACAUUUAAAUUGUAGGCAGAUGCACACAGUACUAACUAACCUUCCUAUUACACUGAGAGCAUUUAUCAAGAACGCACACACCACAAGGGCAUCCGUCUGCAGCUCUCUGGAACAUAUGAAGCACACACACACACACACACACACUCACUCACUCACACUCUCUCUCUCUCUCUCUGAGGGACAGGAAAGAGCGUGACUAGUGAUCCCUAGCCAGCCACACAUCUAAACACUCCCCACCUCCCUGGGUACACAGAGGCACUCAUUAGCACACGCACGCACGCAUGCACGCACGCACGCACGCACCCACACAUUCGGACAAAAGCCUUGUGCAAGGUCUUUUUCCAUCCAUGAACACUCCUCUGACACACACCAGGACAUAACAGGUCAGCUCAAGCCUCCAUCUCAUAGUGCUGUAAUAGCCACACCCUCCCAUUAACACACGACCCACGAACCGUCACGCAGAUGCAACCACACACACUCACACACUGUCCACAGCAGCACCACUCUCCCGCCCCAUGUGAUUGACACAAGCUGCUACAUAAAUGAGGCCCCUGCCCCCACCUCUCUCUCUCUCUCUCUCUCUCUCUCUCUCGCUCUCUCUCUCCUUCCUAUGUUUCUCUGUUGGUGAGCUGGAAGAUGGUAUUGUAUGGAAGCCAUUACCUCUGAACAGCAACACACAUUUCUCUCUCCCUCUCCCCCUCACUUUAUUGUUUUCUCUCUCCUCACCUGCCCCUAUUCUCUUCCUCUCCUCUCAUUCAUCCCUCGUUCAUCCCUGUCCAGACACCCUGCUCACUCUCUGUGACCUUUUCAUAGAGGAGUUCGUAUUUUAGCUGCGCGAGUGUCUGUGCAGUCCUCUCAGAUAAUGUCUACCGACCAACUAACCGGGUCUUCAUGUAGUCCUGAUAAUCACAUACAUGUUUGUGAGCUGAUGUAGUCCCUGAUGAUGUCAGCGUGUGUGUGUGUGUGUGUGUGUGUGUGUGUGUGAGACUGUGCUGAACGUGAAACGUGAUUGUCAUGUUUGUCAUAAAGUCAGUUUUGGGACUUGCUGAGCUUGUAAAGAUGUUUGUGCAUUCCUUUGUCUUUUGUUGUCACGUGUGCCUUUGCUCAGUUCUCAGUUUGGCUAAACAAAGACCAUUGAUAAACACA